AUGUGGGGAUCUAGGCAUGGAUGGGCCGACCGUGUUUUCUUUUUAAAAGUCAGCGUGCGCUUUGAGCACUCGGAUGGCACCUAUUUUGUGCCUUGCAGGAAGCUUGCUUUCUGCUUGUUACGUGGCAUCUGGGAAAUGUCCCCACACUUUUGGAGUAUCCAGCUCCUGAGGCGGCGGGUCAUGUUGGUCUUAAAUCAGUUCCUGCUUCUCGAGCUCAGCGAGACGGGGUGGCUUAUCGGCUUGGUUGUCAAAGAAAUCUUAACAUUUCUUCAUUUCUCUUGGAAGGAGUCUAAAGCUACCUACCUGGAAGACCUCCCACCUCCCCCUGAGUAUGAAUUGCCUCCAUCCAAGUUAGCAGAGGAAGUGGAUGAUGUUUAUCUGAUUCGAGCUCAAGGAUUACCAUGGUCGUGCACUGUCGAAGAUGUGCUUAGCUUUUUUUCAGACUGCAGAAUCCGCAAUGGUGAGAAUGGAAUACACUUCCUCUUAAAUAGAGAUGGGAAACGAAGAGGUGAUGCCUUAAUUGAAAUGGAGUCAGAGCAGGAUGUGCAGAAAGCCUUAGAAAAGCACCGCUUGUACAUGGGGCAGCGGUAUGUGGAAGUAUAUGAGAUAAACAAUGAAGAUGUGGAUGCCUUAAUGAAGAGCCUGCAGGUUAAAUCUUCCCCUGUGGUAAAUGAUGGUGUGGUUCGCUUGAGAGGACUUCCUUAUAGUUGCAGUGAGAAAGACAUUAUAGACUUCUUUGCAGGACUGAAUAUAGUAGACAUUACUUUUGUGAUGGACUAUAGAGGGAGAAGAAAGACAGGAGAAGCCUAUGUGCAGUUUGAAGAACCAGAAAUGGCCAACCAAGCCCUAUUGAAACACAGGGAAGAAAUCGGUAACCGAUAUAUAGAGAUAUUUCCAAGCAGAAGGAAUGAAGUUCGAACACAUGUUGGUUCUCAUAAGGGAAAGAAAAUGGCAUCUCCUACUGCUAAGUAUAUAACUGAGCCAGAUGUGGUCUUUGAAGAACAGGAAGUAAAUGAGGAUAUUCGACCUAUGACAGCUUAUGAAAGUGAGAAGGAAAUUGAAUUGCCUAAGGAGAUAUCAGAAAAGCUUCCGGAGCCUGGUGAUUUUGGAACUACAUCUUCACUACACUUUGUUCAUAUGAGAGGAUUGCCUUUCCAAGCCAAUGCCCAAGACAUUAUAAACUUUUUUGCUCCACUGAAGCCUGUUAGAAUCACCAUGGAAUACAGUUCCAGUGGGAAGGCCACUGGAGAAGCUGAUGUGCACUUCGAUACCCAUGAGGAUGCUGUUGCAGCUAUGCUCAAGGAUCGGUCCCACGUUCAGCAUAGGUAUAUUGAAUUGUUCCUGAAUUCAUGUCCAAAGGGAAAAUAAGACUUCUAGGGACUCCAGAUAAUAAGGAUGAAGCAAGAAGCAUUUCAUUUGCACAUCUUUCUUGGAUAUGGGAUAUACAGUUCCAGUGUUUUAGCAGCAACUGUUAGAGAAAAGAUAUGGGGGUCUUGGAUUAAUUGCUUAAGAAAAAUUCCAUAGUGGACUGUUUAGAAAGAAAAAGGAAAGAUUCAGUUUGGAAUUAAAUAAAUCACAAAUUUAAAUUUUGUUUAAAACUGUCUAGGAUAGGAUCUGAUUUACAAAUCUGGUCAUUAUUUUAUGAUUAAAUAAUUUGUUUUCAUAGAGAUUGUUAUCCAAUGUAAAGACUGCAUAUUUUUAUUCAGCACUGUCAUUUAAAAUCUUCCUCCCAUUUUAAAAAUGAUUUUUUUGAGAGCUCUGAUAUAAAACUUCCUAUGGAAUAAAAUACUGAUUUAUUUUAACCAAAUACUCACCAAAGCAAAGAAAGGUUUCAGACCUUUGAAUCAUUAUGAUUUGGUAGAGUAGUUAUAAUUUUAGGUGUAUUGAUGACUUAAGGGGUAGGAAUGUAAAAAAAAAAAAAAAGAUUCAAAACAAAAAAACAAAUACCACUGGUUAGUAUAAUGGACAACUUAUUCGGCAGUGUCACAUCUUUAGAAAUGUUUGGCCUUUCUAAGCUUGUGCUACUGGCAUUUAACAUAGUGCCUGUGUGCUUUAGGAGGGAAUUCUAGUCUCAACUUAAAAGUUGUCUGAACACAUCCCCAUCCCCUGACCCCCUUUUUUGGUUUUGGGUAAACAUUAGGGGUGUUAGUCUCAAAACUGUGAAGUGACAUCUCAAAACAGUCCCUACUGGUAAGGAUCUUAAUGGCUUCACUUGAAUUUAAACCAGCUCCAGAUAGGAAAAAACCUAAGUCCCUUCAUUUGCUUUUUCAGUGGGGUAGCACAUCCCAUAUUUUAGAACAAGUAGGGGUGCCUUGCUUAAAUAAAAAUAGCAUUUAAUGUAUAAUUGUGUGAAGGGUUUAUGGAUAAAGCUGUACUAAUGUCACAUUGUGGCAGUACAUUCUGCUUUCAUAUUAAAUAGCUUGUUAUUUAAAUAUUGGAUCAAAAUGGCUGGCUUGAAAAUGUAGUCAUUAAUAAACUAAUUUUAUGUGCACCUGUGUAGGAGAAUCAAAGUCCUGUAUACUUUCUUUACCUUGUUCCUGUUCUCAGGGUCACUACUGCUAUGUAGUUACCAAGAGAUGCAAUUCUAGAUCUUAAAAUCGAAUUAGUCCAGAUUUUUGAGAGGUGAUAUUUGGAAGAGAGAUUAUGUCUUCUCUCACUCAGUACAUAACCAUCUUUGACUACCAGCUAAGAUACAAAAUCACUGUACUGUAAAUAGUUAAUAAAUGAAAGCUUGGUUCAGGCAGAUUACCUAAGAGUAUUUAUUUUGGAGUGUGUGGAUAAACCAAAUAUAUUUUUAUUACAUCAAGUCCUGGUAUAUUAUUAUAAGGAGACAUGAUUGACUUUUAGUUGUGUUUGUCAUCCGGUAAGAACAUGACUUACCCGGUUUAACAGCUUCAGCGUUCCUACUUAGAUGGAAAUAUGUUUUCAUAUAUGUGUUCUGAGCUGUGCAAACCGGUCUCUAGCUGUAUGAUCUGCUAGAAUGUGGUCUUUUCUCUCUCCCUUUAGCAGUAGGCAUCCAGUUUGCUAUGGAAAAAAUCUGUAGGGUUUUUUGGGAUUGGGGAUGGUGAGGAAUUAAUUCAUUUGCAAUUACUUUAUUUUGGAGCUAAUGAAUUUCAUUUGCAUAUCCCUGGGAAAAGAAAGAGCAAAAGCCUUAAAGUGUUGUGUGGUGGGUAAGCUGGAAAGGGUGUGUCUUCCUGCCACACUAGUGGCUGAGUUCUCUUUAAAAAGGUGGCCAUUCUUGGGAAGUCUUAUGAAUUCAUAUACUUUUCCUAGCCUCCCUUUAGCAAGUUACUGCUCAUAAUUUAGGCUACUAAAUGAAUACUUGCUGAGAAGGCAGGUGUCAAAAAGCAUGUGUAAAAUCGCGUGAUAGAAUAAAAGUGAUCUUUUAUUUCUACCCAAUCAAAAGACAUAUUUCUCUUUCCCCAAAUUUGAUAAAACUGGGUUGUUUGUCAUCAAUUGCUAUUGAAAUAAGUAAUGACUGAGAUUUUCUCUUCUAUUUGUGUCUUUAUAUUCUCCUUUGUGGGAAAGCUAUCAAAAUUGCCAGAUUGGCUAUGGCUGGGUUACCCAUAUACUGCUUUAGUUAGCUACUUCUUAAGGAGCUGUAAGGGAGGACUCUGAUAAGGAACCUUAUCGAAGUGUAGGUUUUUGUGUAGAUCCCAAGGAGGAAAUUGCUAGAUUGUGAUCUGAUCUGAGAUACUCACUGAUGCCAGAGAAGGAAGCAGAACCCAGAGUAUUUGUCCCUCUCUGCCUGGGUGAAGGCGGCCUAUGCCAGGUGGGAGGGAGACGGGGUGAACUAUGGAGCGGAAGUCUGAAGCCUGGACACAUCUGCAGGGUGGGGAGGAAGCAGCAGGAGAAAGCACUUCCAUCUACAUGACAUUUGGAGGCAAGGGCCCUGCGUAUUAGUCAACAUGCCCUAUUGGCAUCUGCCCUGAACCAUCCCUCAGCAGAUUCUCAUUUGGGGAUUUUUCUUGGGUUACAUCCUAUUCAUUUUACAAUUUAAAACAUUUUGUUUUCACAGUUUCCCCUAAAUCAUGUGAAAGGGUUUAUAUUCAAUUGGUAGGACACAUUAUAGAGCAGAAUGGUAUUUCAGCUAAGAGGCAGGCCUAAGUUCCAUUGCCUUUCAAAAAAAAUAGCCCUAAUGUGGUAGGAAUGGACUUUUCCCUCCGGAUUCUGCAGAUUAGAAGAUACUCUUUGAAGUUUGUACGAAGGGAAUAAAGCUGCUAUGAACAGUCGUGUAGGUUUUUGUGUGUACAUAAUAUUUCAACUCAUUUGGGUAAAUGCCAAGGAGUGGGGUUGCUGGCUCAUAUGGUAAGACUGUUUAGUUUUAAUAAGAAAUGCUAAACUAGCUUCCAAGGCGGCUGGCUGUACCAUUUUACAUCCCUACCAGCAAUGAGUGCCAGUUCCUGUAGCAGCUCAUCCUUGUCAGCACUCGGUGUUCUCAAUGUUUUGAAUUUGAGCUAUUGUAAUAAGUGUGUCGUAUCUUGUUUUAAUUUGUGAUUCCAUAGUUUCAUAAGAAGUUGAGAAUCUUUUAACAGAUUUGAAUCUGCAUAUUAUCUUUAGUGAAGUGUCUGUUCAGAUCUUUUGCCCAGUUUUUUAGUUGGGUGGUUUUCUUCAUUUUAGGAAGGGGAUAUAAGAGGGUUUUAUCUGGUGUUUAAAUCUUGAUGAUAUGAAAAAUAAACAAGAUAAUUUUUAAA